AGCGCUGUGCUUUUGUUUGCAAUUGAUAAACAAAUAAGCUCCAUGCUUGACAGAUAAUAACAAAAACACAGGGGGUUUGUUUGAGACAAUGAGUGUUGUAGUCAUAUUUCUUCCAACAUUUUUGUACGGAAGUGAUUCAGGACUACUUCAUGGUCUUUAUGUGCAGCAGAACACAGUAAAGGUUUUCUAUGUUACUCAUUUGACUAAAACUUGUCAUUCGGUGUCCAAGACGCCGAAACGGAAAAGAUGUAUUGGCUACUACGCAAGAACUAUUGAUAAUGAAUUUACGACACUUCCAAACGAAAAAGGAAAUUGGCUGAUGUUAAACUUCCAAGAUCAUUCGGUUAUUCUGACAAAAUUAAUAAUAAGUGGGAACCCCGUCACAUUGAUGAAGGGGUGCCGUGUGAUAUGUGUGUUUUAUGAUUAUGAUAAAUUUUUUGCUUCAGAAAUCCUUUGUGAAGGACUUGAGAGCCCUACUGGCUUCAGUUCGGAUUACUGCAGAUUUUUAGCGAAUUUCUUGAAGUUAGAUUCUGGAGCAAAUGCCCCCGAAAGCCCCAAGUGUUUGGAUUUUUUUGUCAGAGUAGCACAGAGAGCACGGCAAUAUUUGCUAGCUGUGGCCGCUUUUGUGACACCAGUUGUGAAACACACAUCAACAGGUUUACACUUGUGUGACAUCCUUAAUUCAACUGCAUGGCUUUUUGGCCAUGUGGCGCAUUUCAAGAAACCGACACUUAAAAUGGGCAACUUCCUGUUGGCUCUCUUGAUAGAUGUCUUCUGUGGCCUUAUGUUAGUUCGUCUCAUUGUAGAACCGCUUACAGUGAACACUCCAUUUUCGAAAAUGCUUCUUGAUAUGGCUGAGGUCGUUGUCACUACACUCAGAGACUUGUUGCAUUGGCUGAUGGGUGUGCCAGCCGGUUUGAAGCUGAACUAUGCAUUAAACAAUAUGCUAGGAAAAUUUUUCCUAUACCACAUAAAUCUUUGGUGGAUGUUUCUUGUUCUUUGUAAACCUUGUUUGGACUUGGCUGUUCAUAUGUUGACAUGGCUUGGAUGUUUAGGACUUACAUUCCAAAUAUGCCUACUGGCUGAUCUGCUAGAUCUUGUCAGUUUUCAUGUAUACUGCAUAUAUGUUUAUGCUGCAAGGCUCUACAGUGUGCAACUGUCAGGUCUUGUUGCUUUGUGGCGGCUUUUCCUUGGCCGCAAGUGGAAUCCGUUGCGAGAGCGUGUUGAUUCCUGCAAAUAUUCGAAUGAUCAACUUUUUGUUGGAACUCUGGCAUUCACCAUUUUGCUCUUCCUUCUUCCAACAACGCUGAUGUACUAUGUUGUCUUCACAACGUUGCGUUUACUGGUGUUGAUAUUUAGAGGAGUCCUAGCUCAUUUCACUUGGUUACUGCGAGCAUUUCCAGCAUAUUCCACAGUUCUCUGGAUGACAAGAGCAACUACAGUCACAAGCUCCGUGCAGGUUUCAGUAUGUACAGAAAUAUCUGGAAAUGGUCCUCUCUAUCUUGCUGUUGAACCAGUAAUAGGUUCUUGGUGGUCAACGGUAGUUCGCGGUGUUCCUGAUUCGCUGCAACGUCCACCACCUGUGCAGUGGAGUCAGCUACUCAAACACUUAUGCACUGGAAGAUUGGUAUAUCCUGUUUAUAUUUUCUGAAACAGAUACUAUGUAUCUGUUAUUAAUGACUGAAAGUGAUGAUCCUGAUUACAAAGACAGUACCCAUCGUCUAAUUUUGGAGAGAAGAUAAGAGCUACACAGAACUGAGAAAAAAGGAACUACCGCCCACAUAUGCAGCUCUUUAGCAAGCAUCACAGACUAAGGAUUCCACCUGCCCCUGACCCUCACACAUCUGGUACUGCAAAAACACAUCUCCCUGGCACAGGCAACACAGAACAACCUCUGCCUCUCCACAAGAUACUUUCCAGCACCUGGAAGAGCAUCUCGGACACGACCUCUAUAAGUUAUUCAACCUGCUGAUGUCUGGUCGGAGCUGCUGGUUUUAGCAGUCAUUUGUGCGUGUGUGUUUGCUUGUGCGAAUGUGUGUGUGUGUUUUCUUUUGCUGAAGAAGGCUUUGACCAAAAGCUGCAAUGUGUAACAGUCUUUUAAUUGUGCCUAUCUGCAGCUCAGUGGAUCAUCUUUUUGAAAGGCCAUGAAGAGACUGACUGCCAGUGCAUUUUAAUAAUCCUUUCCAUCACCAUGGGCUGGCACAAAAGAAAUUGUACAGCUGGUGCCGACAGCUGAAGAAUAUGCUGAUUACUUCAUUACUUCUUGUGGCAUGCAAUCCUAUGAAGUUCAGAGUAUGAACUGCACAUGGAGAAAAAGCUACCAUGGAUAAUGUCUCUAACUUUUUCUUGCACACUUUUUAUUUGCCCUGCCAUAUUUGAUCCAUUAUCAAAGCACUGACUACAACAGGGCUGUAAAUCAGUUUCAUUUUUAUUAAAUACAGCUAUGAUAGCAUUACUAA